AUGACAACAAGCAAAGGAGAGGGCGCUCGCGUCUUCUUGCGGCCUCCGAUGGGUAACAAUGCCUUCUAUUCCCGGGAAUAUCUGUCCAUGGCACGGAACUGUGUCAUGAAGGCCUGGCCUACGCCAAGUAACUCACUCAGGCGCGAAGUAGCCCUGACUCUGCUGGCCGACCCAGAACUGCGCUUGCGAAUAUGCCAUCUAGAGGAUAUUCUCCGAGGACGUCAGCUAACCGGUCGUCUGCAGGUGAACGGAUUCACAUCCGGCGGGCCAGUCGGAAACGGCAAGGAAGUACCCCCAGUGCAGCUCCAGACAGCUCUGGCAGACCCUUCGUUUUCAUCUUUGUUCGAACUCGACGCUUCCGUGAAUGAUCCCGAUUGGGGCAUGCAGGUCUUAUGGCUGAACAUGGCGCAACUUCAAAAGGAGCUCGGCCUGCCGUCACCGCCGCCACCGCUGCAACUACCGCCACAACAACAGCUUCCAACCCCGUCGCCAGCAGCGGCGACGCCGGCAGCUGCGGCUCAACCGAGCACGUCCCCCUCAUCCUCCUCCGUUAGUGAAGCACCGUCCCCGGCGGCCGCCGCCGCCAACACUGCCGCCGCCGCCGCCGCCUCCUCUAGUCAUCCGCCGCCGGUUCCUGAUCUUGUGCUGUUGUCCGCCGUCGAGGCGGCCUUUCCCAACUACUCCACCGAUGACGAAGACUAUCUGGCAGUAGCAGCUGGCUUUUGCCUGGUAUCCUGGAGAGAUUCUAAGAGGCUACUUCCUGCUUUGAGUUUGCACAUAACUGACCUAACCGCUCAUUUACGAGCCUGUGCGCUCGGCGACCCGCGCCUCGCGUCUGUACUGCAGCAUGUCGCCGCCGCCGCCGCCGCCGGCUCAAAGCCGCUAGCGACAAAGCUGGCAGAGCUGCUGGCGACGGCGCCGCGAGCGCGCCUAAUCUUCCGACAGAAUGAAUCACUCUCGCGUCGUGGCGAGCGUGUCGUAAGCCUGGCGGCGGAGCAGCUUAUGAGGCUGAAGGGUGGCGGCGACGGCGGCGGCGGCGGCGGCCGGCCGCCGCCGUUGUCCUCAAAUGGCAUGCUGCCGUACGAAUCUUGGCAACGUGCUGGUGCUGUUCCAAUCGGUGGUGCGAUGGCUGCAGCUAGAGGCGCCGGUGACGCUUUACCCGUGUUUUUGUUUGAGUACGAGGCACCUGUUGAUGGGAGCGGCAGGGAUGGCAUGGACAGGCAGGCGACUGCGCGUCGUGUCCAGAACGGCAUGUCUGAAGUACGGCAAGUCAACGUCGCCACCGCCUGCGUCGUUGACGGCACCAGUCCGAAAGCGACUGGCCGGGAUGCUGCCGGGUACCCGUCGGCGACUGCGGCGUCGACGGCGUCAGCACCUGGCGCUGGUGCUGUAGCCGCCAACGCAGCCAGCGGCGCUGCUUGCUCUACAGGGAGUUUACCGCAGCAGCCGUUGCUGCAGCUGCAGCCGCCACGACAGCCGAAAUCGGAGCCGGUGCCGCUGCGCGGAGGUGAUGGGCUUGCGCAAAAUGGCGGCGUCGCAAUGACGUCACUGCCGGCGGUGCCACCCUCGGCGUCCCACGACGGGGGUUACGGCGGCGUCUCCGCCGGAGAGGACCUGUACGGCUUCCGGAGCCUUGGGUUGGGCAUCGGCGCCGCCACUUCCGCUUGGUCAACACCUGCACUGACGGGCUCGUCGCCUCCCAGCAACGGCUUUGGCAUCACGAGGUAUUCUUGGUUCCACAGUAGCAGUGGCGGCGGCGGCGGCGGUGGCGGUGAAGCGAUGCUGCAGCAAACCAUCGCCGCCGCUGCCGCCGCCAACAAUGUGGGCUCCGUGGCAGCGUCCCCCGGCGCCGCAGCUGCUGACCUACAUGUGCCGCAGGAGAUCGCCGAGGUUUGGUCGAACUCCGCCAUUGGAACGCGUCGGAGCUCCGUUACAGCGUCGCUCAACGGCGGCGGCGGCGGCGGGCUGUCGGCACAGCCGGCGGAUGGCCUGGGCGGCGCAAGUGGCGUGUUUGCCAUGUCGCCAACACACGAGAGUUCCUUAAUGGACCAACUUGCGGCUCGCGCUGCCGCCACCAAGCCGUUCACCUCUGCCGUUGGGCGCAGCUCAGGAACCACUUCCGCCACGGCAGACCCGGGUUUCCUGGGCCUUGGCGGCGGAUUCGGCCUGGGCGGCUACGCCGCCGCUGGCGCCGCUGCCAGCCUAGGCGUCGGCGCUGGCCUUGGCGUCAGCACACCCUUUGUCGUUGGGUCCGCGCCAACAUUGUCCAUGGCGACAUUCACCAACGGCAGCACGGCGGCGGCGGCGGCCGCGGCGACGGUGGCCGCGAUGGGCGGCGGCUUGGUGAUGGGAAGCAUUGGCCACGGAGGCAGCGGCGCCGCUGGCCUUGGCGGCGGCGGCUGCUUUGGUUCCGGAGCCUUACCGAUGGAGUACGCGUCGUGGCACUCUUCGUCUGCAGAUCUGUCCAGCUCCGUUGGCGGCCGUAGUGCACCCGCGGACCAUGCCGCCGCUGCCCUGGAUUCAUGGAUGUUGUCGUACGGCGCUCGCCUCAACAUUGGCGGAGACGGCGGUUCCGCCGCCAUCGCUGCCGCUGGCAGCCGCGGGGCCGGUAUGACCAUGCUGGGGCCUGCCGCCGCUGGCGGCGGUAGCAGCAGCGCCGCCGCCGCCGCCGCCGCCGCCGCCGCGGCCGCAGCGGGAGGACAUAACGGCCGCGUCGGCGCCGCCGCACCGCAGCGACGUGCCGUGGGCCAAUCGCCCAGUGUGAGUGAGGCGAGUGAGGAAGCUGCGAGUGUGGCCGGCGGCUUGGAUCUGGAUCCUGGUGCAUUGACGCUGGAGGCAGAGGACUUUGACGACGGUGUACUGCACCAGCUGACCCUCAAAAAAAGCGAGGAGGAAGCUGUCGGUGCGCUCCGUACAUUGGCGAGUGAGAAUCUGUCCGGCAUUCAGCAUAUGGCCGCCUACAUCAACCACAUAAUCAAGAACUACCACCUGACUGUGGGAACACCCGGUGCAGCUGCAGGUGGAACCACGGCCGCGUCGUUACCCUCAGCAACCGUGCGGGCCAAUAGCACUCCCGUGUCGUCCAAGGCCAUUCUCCAGAAGCUCCCUCUCCGAGUGUAUAAACGGCUUGAGGAGGUGAUCAGUCGGUGCUCCUUCAUGGAGUGGAAACACUUCGAUGCGGGCGUCGUCAAGGUAAUGGCGCAGCUGGCGGAGAUCGGCGAGGAGGACGUGUUCGAGGAGCUGGAGCUCUUGCAGUCAACGGAUCUCUCUAAUGUUGAAUACAUGCCGGCCUACCUGAACAAACGACUAAACAACCGAUUGUGGUCGCGACGCAAGAUGCUGACGUCAGCAGCUGCAGCAGCGGUUGGAGGUCCGUAA